GACGGAGGCAGAAAGAGAGAGAGAGAGAGAGAGAGAGAGAGAGAGAGAGCAGAGGGUUUGAUCGGCGCUCUGACUCUGUGUUGUGCAGACGGAAUACUGAGGCUCCUGCGUUGGAAGGGAAACCUCUUCAUUUGGCUCCAAAGAGGAUUUUAAAUGAAGGUUUCGGGUUUGCUGCUGAGGAUCGCGGAUCUUUGUUCCGUUUAUCUCCCCCGCCGCGGGAUGAGAAGCUGAGGGACGGGGACAGGAGCACCGCGGGGAGACGCUGCGUUCAGCUCGGCAACAAAGAAGCGCUCAGGGAAGCUGCUGAGGCUGAGGGAACGUCAAGUUAUUCCUAACAAACAGAAAGUCGUGCCGCGGAUCCUUCUUCGCAAUGCUGCUCCACGGACUGCUCCGCACGGCGGUCUCUCUGCUGCUCUUCAUCCUGCCCGCCUCCUUCAGGGUCAACGCUCAGUACGGAGACCGAGGAAUGUCUAUCCCGGAACACGGAUUCUGCCAGCCGAUCUCCAUCCCGCUGUGCACAGACAUAGCCUACAACGAGACAAUCAUGCCGAACCUGCUGGGCCACACGAACCAGGAAGAUGCGGGACUGGAGGUCCACCAGUUCUACCCCCUGGUGAAAGUGCAGUGCUCCCCGGAUUUAAAGUUCUUCCUCUGCUCCAUGUAUGCACCCGUGUGCACUGUGCUGGAGCAGGCGCUGCCCCCGUGCCGCUCUCUGUGUGAGCGCGCGCGGCAGGGCUGCGAGGCGCUCAUGAACAAGUUCGGCUUCCAGUGGCCCGACAGCCUCGCGUGCGAGAAGUUCCCGGUGCACGGCGCGGGCGAGCUGUGCGUGGGCCAGAACAUGUCGGACCGCGCGGAGACGGAGGGGCCCGGGCACUACCCCACCGCGCGCUCCCCGCCCGAGCCCACGCACGGUCAGUUCAGGUGCCCGGGGCUCCUCGUAGUCCCCCCCUACCUGAACUACCGCUUCCUGGGGCAGGAGAACUGCGGCGCCCCGUGCGAGCUGAAGAAGUCUCAUGGGAUUAUGUACUUCAGCGAGGAGGAGCUGAAAUUUGCUCGAAUUUGGAUCGGAAUCUGGUCGAUCCUGUGCUGCGCCUCCACUCUUUUCACGGUGCUGACCUACCUGGUGGAUAUGAAGCGCUUCAGCUACCCAGAGCGGCCCAUAGUCUUCCUCUCUGGCUGCUACACCAUGGUGUCCAUCGCCUAUAUUGCUGGAUUCCUACUGGAAGACAAGGUGGUUUGCAAUGAUCGCUUUGAGAAAGAGAUGAGGACUGUGGUGCAGGGCACCAAGAAGGAGGGCUGCACCAUCCUCUUCAUGAUGCUCUACUUCUUCAGCAUGGCCAGCUCCAUCUGGUGGGUCAUCCUGGCCCUCACCUGGUUCCUGGCGGCCGGGAUGAAGUGGGGCCACGAAGCUAUCGAGGCUAACUCCCAGUACUUCCACCUUGCAGCCUGGGCCGUUCCCGCCAUAAAGACCAUCACCAUCCUGGCAGUUGGCCAGGUGGACGGAGAUGUACUGAGCGGGGUCUGUUUCGUGGGCAUCAACAGCGUGGACGCCCUGCGAGGCUUCGUCCUGGCGCCUCUCUUCGUCUAUCUCUUCAUCGGGACUUCCUUCCUCCUGGCCGGAUUCGUGUCCCUCUUCCGCAUCCGGACUAUCAUGAAACACGACGGCACCAAGACAGAGAAGCUGGAGAAGCUGAUGGUGCGGAUCGGGAUCUUCAGCGUGCUCUACACCGUGCCGGCCACCAUCGUCAUCGCCUGCUACUUCUACGAGCAGGCCUUCCGCGAGCAGUGGGAGAGGACGUGGGUCAGCCAGUCAUGUCAGACGUACGCCGUGCCGUGCCCCAUCCAGAACCACCCCAACAUGAGCCCGGACUUCACCGUCUUCAUGAUCAAGUAUCUCAUGACUCUCAUAGUGGGAAUCACUUCCGGCUUCUGGAUCUGGUCUGGGAAGACCCUGAACUCAUGGCGGAGGUUUUACACGAGACUGGCCAACAGCAAGCAGGGCGAAACCACAGUUUGACGGGCUUUUCACAAACUCUCUCCUGUUUUUUGGACCCGCCAGAGACCUUCGCUCUGUUUUAUUGUACAUACACAUUUGUGAGAUUUUUUUAAAGUAUAUAUUUGUAUUUAAAGGCUGAAAAAAAUAGUCCAUCUUUUUUCAUCUUUGGAUAUGUUGGAGAAACAUCACAAAAAGCCAGCUAACCGUAGCGAAUCCUGGUGUCUGUCUCAUGACCCGAUUUACUGUGGACACCCAUGGGAGUACUUCACACAGAGUGUUUGUGUCUGUAGGUCGGUGGAGUACUUGUGAACGAGUGCAGGGUCUAUUCUAAGAAGAGUCCCGUGAAACCCAAGUGCUUCCUCGUGGCCUCCUCUUAUCCUGAUUAACCAGCUGCACCUUGUGUCUGAGGAAGCAGCUUAUGCUUUCUGAGGCCUCGCGUUGGCCGCCUGGGACAAGAAACGCGGUGCGGUGUAUGACUCCUAUUUUUUUAUCAGGAGUCACUGAGACAGAUGGUUAUGAACAGUGUAUUCUAUGGGCCCUUGCAGAUGUAACAUUCCUCUGUUAAAGUAAGUAAAAAAAAAAAAAA